UCUUUUCACCGUUCUUCCAGGACUUCCACCAUAAGGAAAGGAACCCCUGGACCAACAUCCUCUAAGAUGUUUAUAUGGACCAGUGGCCGGACCUCUUCAUCUUACAGACAUGAUGAGAAAAGAAACAUUUACCAAAAAAUCAGGGACCAUGACCUCCUGGACAAAAGGAAAACUGUCACAGCACUGAAAGCAGGAGAGGACCGGGCCAUUCUCCUGGGACUGGCCAUGAUGGUGUGCUCCAUCAUGAUGUACUUUCUGCUGGGAAUCACACUCCUGCGCUCAUACAUGCAGAGUGUGUGGACCGAGGAGGCUCAGUGCACCUUGCUGAAUGCAUCCAUCACGGAAACAUUUAACUGCUCCUUCAGCUGUGGUCCGGACUGCUGGAAACUCUCUCAGUACCCCUGUCUCCAGGUGUACGUUAACGUGACUUCUUCUGGAGAGAAGCUCCUUCUCUACCACACGGAAGAGACAAUGAAAAUCAAUCAUGAGUGCUCCUAUAUACCUAAGUGUGGAAAAAAUUUUGAAGAAUCCAUGUCCCUGGUGAAUGUUGUCAUGGAAAACUUCAGGAAGUACCAACACUUCUCCUGCUAUUCUGACCCGGAAGGAAACCAGAAGAGUGUCAUCCUAACCAAACUCUACAGUUCCAACGUGCUGUUCCAUUCACUCUUUUGGCCAACGUGUAUGAUGGCUGGGGGCGUGGCUAUCGUUGCCAUGGUGAAACUCACACAGUACCUCUCCCUGCUCUGUGAGAGGAUUCAACAGAUCAAUAGAUAAAAGCAAAGUGGACGAGAUCAUUUUCUUUAAAGCUCAAAUACUGUUUUCUUUCAUUCUUCACCAAAGAACCUUAAGUUUGUAAUGUGCAGUCUGUUAUGAGUUCCUUAAUAUAUUCUUAUACGUAGAGCAAUAAUGCAAAAGCUGUUCUAUAUGCAAACAUGAUGUCUUUAUUAUUCAGGAGAAGAAAUAACUGUUUUUUGUUGGUUGGGUUUUUUUUCAUAAUCUUGGUUCAGUGCUGGAACUAGUACUUCCUUCUCUCCUUCCACCAAAAUUGGGCUCAGUUAUUCAUUUGCCAAGCUUCGUGGAGGAUUAGAGACAAUAUCAAUGUGAUAAGGUCUGUGCUCACAGUUGUCAGAUCUCUUGAAGAUAUUUCUGCAAUAUUUUUCAUCAUUCAUGUUUACUAAAGCUGCAGCCAAAAAUAUUUUUUUUCCUUACGCUAAACUGAGCCCUGUAGCAAGUGAAGGUACCAGAUUUCCUUUAGGACUUUAGGCAUUUUCCUUGCAUUUCUACCAUAUCACUGUAAAGAAGGGGGGAAACCCAGCCAGCUAUUUUUCUGUUAUUACUUUAUACUCAUAACUUUAGAUUUUUUAACUGAUUUCCAAAAAAUAAGAUGUUUUCCUUAACCAAUUCUAUAAUCUCUUCCUGUGCUUUAAAUAGAAAGUGAACAGAGCCCUUUUCCAUGUAAGACCCUGCUACUGUGUGAGGAGAUAACAUUUACAAGGAGUUUCAUUACCUGUGAACUGACAAUGUUGAAUAGAUGCUCCAUUACAAUCUGGGAAAGUCUAUGUUACUAA